ACUAGCCGUUGACAUAAGCUAAUACUUUUAAUGUUUUAAAAUGCCUGUAUUGUUAGUGGUGUGAAUACGGUCAGAUAAAAAGUGGAUGUGGCGUUGUACCGAUGGAGUAGCUAAAUGGGCGGUGAAAGCGGUUGAUCGAUGAUUAGAUUCACGGUGUGGAUCACGGCGGGGAGAGGGGAUGACUCACCCCGUCUGAUGUGAUGUUCAUCCCGCAACAGCUCGGCCAGUGCGGUGGCACGCCGGUAGUUAAACCUAACACAACGGUGUGCUCCUCCAAUAAAAGUCAAACUUUAUCGAACUGUUCAGAUUCGUUUGGGUGGCCCUAAGAUACCUUGUUUGUUUCAAACUUGAGUGGUUGUCACUUGCUAGUUAGAUAGAGAGACCGAGCGUCGUGAUUUUCCGUAAAUAUCGUGACGCCUGAUUGCCAUGGAAACAGUGCUCCUGCGCUGAGAGGAAACUGUCCGUGUUAACUUCAGCAUCAACCUCUUCAACGGGGUCGAGUGGUGUUGUUUUGUUUGUUUUUUUGCUUUUCUUGUGUUGCUACUCUGGCUUUACUUUCCAUUUUAAAUUGGCCACAAUACAGACCUCUAUUUCACAGGUGAGGAUGAUGGAGCUUCAAACGGCGAAGAGGUUCCACAACUUGACCCUCGAGCAAAUCCAGGCUCUGGACAAGGUCUUGACUGAGGUGAUCCCCAUCCACGGGCGAGGGAAUUUCCCCACGCUGCAGGUGAGAGCUAAAGACAUCAUUCGUGUGGUGAAGGAUCGGCUGGUCGAAAGAGACAUCCAGGUGAAAGAUAUACGGCUGAAUGGCGCGACUGCCAGCCACGUCCUGGUGAGGGAUAACUGCCUGGGCUAUAGAGACUUAGACAUCAUUUUUGGAGUGGAGCUGCCCAGGCAGGAGGACCUCCAGGUGAUAAAGGAGGUAGUGUUGGGCAGCCUACGAGACCUCCUUCCUUGUGGAGUUAACAGACGGAAGAUCACCUGCCUGACAAUGAAGGAGGCCUAUGUGCAAAAGAUGGUGAAAGUUUUCAACGAGCACGACAGAUGGAGCCUUAUCUCGCUUUCUAACAACAGAGCUAAAACCGUGGGGCUCAGAUUUGUCAGCUCCCUUCGAAGGCAGUUUGAGUUCAGUGUGGACUCCUUCCAGAUAAUAUUAGACCGUAUGCUAGAGUAUUACUGGGAGACUGAAAGGAAACAAGGAGGAAAGCUGGCAUUGAAUGCUGGGAAUUUGUCUAAAAGAGACGACGAGGAUGAAAACAAAGAGCAAAAUAAAUCAAGCAUUCCUCGGGAUGUUGAAGCGGAUAUUGAAAAGGACUCCAGCGGAGAAAGUCCAGGCCAGGAUGAAGAUGUUUCUGUGCUUGAGAAAGAGCUUCCACUUUCAAAGGUUGAGCAUGUGGAUGGAAAGCACGAAGCACAGGAGGUGCUAAAACCUGAGAGCAUUAACUUACAACAAGUGGGAGUGGAUGGCAUAGGGGAUGUUCAUUCAGAGGAGGACAUUGUGUUUGAGAUAUGUGAAAAAAAUGGAGGAGAAAAAGGCCAGUUUCACAGUGAUUAUCCUCUAGUUUCAUCUCCUAAAGCUUUAUUAACAGAUGUCAGGGAUCCACUGAUAACACAUGCAUGUUUGAAGCCACAGAGUAAUGAAGAGCUGUCUGAGUCACAAGCUUCCCAACCAGCAGACAAGUCAGCUCAACAGGAAAAAGUCCAUUGUGCAGAAAUUACUCAGUUCAAAGUUGACUCUGUAAUCUGCAGGACUGAGAGUACCUCAAGCGCACAAGAUUCACAUCUUGAAUUUUCCUUUCCUCCUCCAGCUAAGAAAACGUGCAGCACAUCACAGGACAUUGUACCAGAUUAUUGCCCUUCACCAAAAUUACAAAGGAAAAUGUCAAGGAAGAAGAUCAGUAUGCCGGAGAAAUGGUCUUUACUGACUGAUUUGUCAGGUCUUACGACGCAGCUGUUCCCACCCAUAGAAAUACCCAAACCACUUCAGCCAAAGCCUCCUUUACUGGACAGCGAUCAAGAUCAUGGCUCAAAUGUUCCAGCCUCCAAGCCAGAGACCUUAGACACCCUUCCAGCUCCCACGUGCAGUCCAGCCAGUACACUUCAGGAUGGGACUGGCUCGAAUGAAAGCGUGGAACUAACUGUUAAGCCAAAACACUCGAAGAAGCCUCCUGAUUCAGAGACUCAAAGCCACACACAUGCAGCACAUGUACAGCCUCAGAUCAAUGAGCAAACACCCGAGCUGGCCGACACUGUCCCAAACAGGUGCGGGGCAAGCUCAUGGGCCGGGGCAGCAGGGGAGCCCACAAUCACUGUUGAAGCAGAGUGCAUGUACGGAGACUUUGAACUGGCGAUGGACCAACUCCGCCACCGCCUCAUUGCCACCCACAACCCAGAGGAGAUCCGAGGAGGGGGCCUGCUAAAAUACAGCGACCUGCUGGUGAGGAACUUCCGACCAGCUAGCGAGACAGAGAUCAAGUCCUUGGAGCGCUACAUGUGCUCCCGCUUCUUCAUCGACUUUCCUGACGUGAGCGAGCAGCAGCGUAAGAUCGAGGCCUACUUGCAGUGCCACUUCAUUGGCAACGAGGAGACGAGCAAGUACGACUACCUGAUGACCCUGCGGCGUGUGAUAGACGAGAGCACGGUGUGUUUGAUGGGACACGAGAGGAGACAGACGCUCAACAUGAUCACAGUCCUGGCUCUGAGGGUGCUGGGCGAGCAGAACGCCAUCCCCAACACGGCCAACGUCACCUGUUUCUAUCAGCCGGCUCCAUACAUGACAGAGCCGAUUUACAGCAGCUACUUCAUCCCCCAGGCCCAGCCCCCACUUGUCUACCACCCCUACCCGCUGCAUGUCCACAUGCAGACUGGCCUGGUGUAGCUACAGUGACAUGCCCACAGGGAGGCAUGUGGGCUGCUUUCAGCAUGGUGCUCUGCAAGCAGAGGCACAAAUGGAAGUUUUGACAACAACAGGCAACCAUGGGCGCAGUGUUGUUUGAUGCUUUGAAACCCCUCCUGCUUAUGACACGAACGAUCAUCAAAGGUCAGAACUGAAAGGGGUCCGGAGGCAAAGCAUGUCACCCUUUCAAGAUGAACACUUUUGAAAAGGAAAGAAAGGCUAAGAGCUUACUUUUCAGAGAUCUCGUAGAGAGGAUUUCAUUGACAUAUAGAGGGAUUGUGUUUACGGCUGUUUCAGCUCAGCUUUGGCAAGGCUCUAUACCAGAAUUUAGUAAAGUGACAGUUCUCUAAGACUUGAAGAUACAAUUCUCCAUCAUAUAAAAACAUACUACAUGUUGGCAGCAUAAAUCUUGAUUUGGUUAAAGUUUGAAUAAUGAUAAUUCCUUAUCGUUUCUGAGGGGUUAAAAACCCCAUAUAUCUGUUUUGUGAAUCAUCAGUCUCUGUGGAGUACAUGUUAGUGUGUGACUAAUAGGCUACCUGUAUUCACUGUAUAGAAAUAGGACACCAUUUAGUGAAGGCAUACAUUAGAUUAGAUUAAAUUUGCUGUGGUAUUUCCAUGAUAUCGUAAGUUUUAUAUUUGUGAAUGUAAACCGCUCCUCUAAUGUCAAAGGUGGAAACAAGAGAUUGUGGUUCAGUUCCAUUAAGGUCUGUACG